GUCACAUGAUAGUAAUUUUUGUAUUAGGUACUUGUAGAUAUAUUCAGGAGUUGUCUACGGAUGCAAAGUCUAAGUACCUGUAUUUAUGUCCGUUACAGCUGGUGGUCCGCCACGCAUGGGAUAUGCACGUUACUAAUCAAAUGACAAACUCCAACUUUAUACACAUGGUGUAAAGUUUGCUUCACCCCGAUAUCCACCACCCCACCAAACACCUCCCUUCUUUCCUAU